GAAAAAGGGUGCUUUGCACGUUGGCACUUUUAGGCUUUUGGCCUGUAAACUCAAUUUCCACGCGCGCGUCACUCCGCAAGUGGAGUCGAAGAUUUCAAUCAUGAAGCGGUACAUGUGACAUGUGCAGAGUCUAAAGCCUAGAGAUGUCUAGGCUGGUCCUUGCCUUCUGUGGAUGAGAUCGCAUUUUCGAACAGACCAGUUGUUCGCCAAAUAGCGCUGGAGAAGUGCGAACGAGACUACAUUGCAGAGGGGGAAACCAUGCGUGAGAGUUUCCCAGAACUUGUUUGGUCCCAAAGUGGGAAGCCAACCAAGGUGUGCUUGGGCCCUCGGGGUCAACGAGAAGAUUGGGACCGCUUCAAGUCCGUAUGUCCAUCAAUUGUAGAGGCGGUUGAGCAACUGCUGCAUUCAUUCAGUGACCAGAAGGUGGAGGUCACAUUUGGAGAUGUGCUGGACUAUGGGCCCGGGCACUUGCUGGGAUGGCACCAGGACAGUAUGGACUUGACGCGACAUUUGUUCACAGUGGUGCUGACCCUCGCAUCUGAGGGAAGUGGCCGCUGUGAGUGGGGUGGCGGAAGAUUGCUGAAGAUGGCCAGGAGCUUCAGGAGGUUGUAUCAUCGACGAUGCCGGCGCUCGGCAACCUUGCCAUUCAUGGCCUCACUUGCAACAAUGAACUUGCGCAUCGAGUCUUUUGGGAUGAAGGUCGCCGUUUGGCACUAGCUUGCGCCACAGAUAAAUGUGAAAAAAAGUUUUCUUCCUGUGUGAGCCAUUGCAGGUCUUGUUUUGCCGCUCUCCUGAAAUAGAAGCACUCCUGAAAGGGAAAGGAGCACAGAGCCGUCUUUCCAUGCGCUAUUGGUGGAGAAAGGAGCAUGAGAAAGUGAAAUGAGCUGGGCGCAAUUCGUGCCUUGCAUCGGGAAACUGUGUGUUUCACUUACAUGUAUCCUUCAGUGCUUGCGGCUGGAGAUUCUGACUUCUGACUGAGAAAGGGCAAGGAUUCGUCGUCCGGUAUUUUCAAUUGCGUAGGGAAAUGUUUGUCAUUAUGCACUGCAUUUCACAUCUUGUCAUGAAUAGGCCUUUGCGCCGCCUCGCUUUGGAACACGUAUUUCGGAUCGCUUUGAACUGCGGAAAAUGGAUUGUUUUGGAAUGUACAGUAAUACGCUGCAAUGGUGCGUGCAAUGCCUGUCUCUUACUGGUGGAUUGUUUUUGAAGGUGGAGCGUGUUAUUCCAGUUUCCAGGUUUCCAGCCAGCAUGCGGGUUCCAGGCAGCGUCAUGGUUCCCAGGUUUUCAGCCUGCGUACAGAUUUCCAUCGUUUCCAAUGUGCACGGAAAUUGCCUCGCUUGUGCAGGCGGAAAACGUCUCGCUUGUACACGUGCAAGUUGGAAGGCUGAGAAGCCUUUGAGGAGCGCGCGCCUGCACACACUCAAAUGCCAGCAUGACAAUAUGUCAGCAAAACAGCCUGACAAGGUAGGGAAAAGGUCUCAUUCCCAGGUAGCGAGCCACGCGAGUG